CGUCUCUGUCCGUGGUGCUGAAUCACAGCUGAACUCGAUGCUAGAACGGAAUCUGCACGGUUCUUAACAGAAUAUUUCCGAGCUACAUCACGGCAGCACCACGGUAACGUGCCCCAAACGACUACUUGUUGGCACUUGCGUUUAGCGCGGCGGUAUUCCGCGUGGUGCGUGACGCGCUCGUCUGAAUGAACGCCCCCCGCCCGCGCACAGACUCGCAUGCAGUCUCCGUGAUUCUCCGUUAGAUCCGGUGCAGUGCAGUAUCGCGGAUUCACACACGCAUCCGUGAACCGGAGAGACGCGCGCGGACCGCGGACGGUCAUGCCGUGACGCGCGCGGACGCGUCAGCCGUGUUCGUGAAGCCGCGGAUGAUGAUGAAGAGGAUGAUGAUGAUGGUGGUGUUACCGGGGCUCGUGAUCAGACUGACGGUGAUGAUGUUCGUCGCCGGUUCGAGCGGGAUGCCGCACGUGCUGAGAUUCGGUGGGAUUUUCGAGUCGAUAGAGAGCGGCCCGUCCGGACCGGAGGAGCUGGCCUUUAAAUUCGCUCUUAACACCAUCAACAGGAACCGAACGCUUCUGCCCAACACCACGCUCACCUACGACAUCCAGAGAAUCAACGUGUUCGACAGCUUCGAGGCCUCCAGGAAGGCCUGCGAGCAGCUGUCCCUGGGCGUGGCCGCGAUCUUUGGCCCCUCCCACAGCUCUUCAGCCAAUGCGGUGCAGUCGAUCUCGAACGCUCUGGGCGUGCCUCACAUACAGACGCGCUGGAAGCACCAGGUGUCUGAUAACAGAGACUCGUAUUACAUCAGUCUGUAUCCGGACUUCUGCUCGCUCAGCCGGGCCAUACUGGACCUCGUGCACUUCUUCAGGUGGAGGAUGGUGACGGUGGUGUAUGACGACAGCACCGGUCUCAUCCGCCUGCAGGAGCUCAUUAAAGCUCCGUCCAGAUACAACAUCCGCCUGAAGAUCCGGCAGCUCUCCGCCGACACCAAAGACGCCAAACCGCUGCUGAAGGAGAUGAAGAAAGCGAAGGAGUUCCACGUCAUCUUCGACUGCAGCCACGUGAUGGCGGCCUGGAUCCUCAAACAGGCUCUUUCAAUGGGAAUGGUGACGGAAUACUAUCAUUACAUCUUUACAACACUGGACCUGUUUGCUCUGGAUAUGGAGCCGUAUCGCUUCAGCGGAGUGAAUAUGACCGGUUUCCGCAUCUUGAACACGGAGAGUCCGCAGGUGUCCUCCAUCAUCGAGAAAUGGUCAAUGGAGCGACUGCAGGCUCCGCCCAAACCUGACUCGGGCCUGCUGGACGGAUUCAUGACGACGGACGCGGCGCUGAUGUACGAUGCGGUUCACGUGGUUGCGGUGGCCGUCCAGCAGUCGCCGCAGAUCACCGUCAGCUCGCUGCAGUGCAACCGACACAAACCCUGGCGCUUCGGGGGACGAUUCAUCAGCUUCAUUAAAGAGGCAUCAUGGGACGGACUGACGGGUCGAAUCCUCUUCAACAAAACCAACGGCUUGAGGACGGACUUCGAUCUGGACGUGAUCAGUCUCAAAGAGAACGGACUCGAGAAGAUCGGGACGUGGGAUCCUCCGCGGGGACUCAACAUGAGCGAGAAUCACAAGAGUAAAGUCACCAACAUCACAGACUCACUGUCCAACAAAUCACUGCGUGUGUCUACAAUACUGGAGGAGCCGUACGUCAUGUUUAAGAAGUCGGAUAAACCUCUGUACGGGAACGACCGCUUCGAGGGAUUCUGCGUGGAUCUGCUGCGGGAGCUUUCAGGAAUCCUGGGCUUCCGUUACGAGAUCCGGUUAGUGGAGGACGGCAGAUACGGAGCGUUUGAGGAGAGCACGGGGCAGUGGAGCGGCAUGGUGCGCGAGCUCAUGGACCACAAAGCAGACCUGGCCGUGGCUCCGCUGACCAUCACGUACGUGCGAGAGAAGGUGAUUGACUUCUCCAAACCCUUCAUGACCCUGGGCAUCAGCAUCCUGUACCGCAAACCAAACGGCACCAACCCCGGCGUCUUCUCCUUCCUCAACCCUCUGUCCCCUGACAUCUGGAUGUAUAUUCUACUGGCUUGCUUGGGUGUCAGUUGUGUGCUGUUUGUCAUAGCCAGGUUCAGUCCGUACGAGUGGUAUAACCCUCACCCCUGUAACCCAGAGUCAGACGUGCUGGAGAAUAACUUCACGCUGCUCAACAGCUUCUGGUUCGGUGUCGGCGCUCUCAUGCGUCAAGGGUCGGAGCUGAUGCCGAAGGCUCUGUCCACUAGGAUCGUGGGAGGAAUCUGGUGGUUCUUCACCCUCAUCAUCAUCUCGUCGUACACCGCAAACCUGGCCGCCUUCCUGACGGUGGAGCGCAUGGAGUCACCCAUCGACUCGGCCGACGAUCUGGCCAAACAAACCAAGAUCCUGUACGGCGUGGUGGAGGACGGCGCCACCAUGACCUUCUUCAAGAAAACCAAGAUCUCGACGUACGAUAAGAUGUGGGAGUUCAUGAACAGCCGGCGUCAGUCUGUGAUAGUGAAGAGCGUGGAGGAGGGCAUCCAUCGCGUGCUGACGUCGGACUACGCUUUUCUGAUGGAGUCCACCACCAUCGAGUUCGUCACGCAGCGCAACUGUAACCUGACGCAGAUCGGCGGCCUGAUCGACUCCAAGGCGUACGGCGUGGGGACGCCCAUCGGCUCGCCGUAUCGGGACAAGAUCACCAUCGCCAUCCUGCAGCUGCAGGAGGAGGGCAAGCUGCACAUGAUGAAGGAGAAGUGGUGGAGGGGGAACGGCUGUCCGGAGGAGGAGAGUAAGGAGGCCAGUGCCCUCGGCGUGCAGAACAUCGGCGGCAUCUUCAUCGUCCUCGCCGCCGGCCUGGUGCUGUCCCUGUUCGUGGCAGUCGGCGAGGUGCUGUACAAAUCCAAACAGAACGCACAGAUCGAGAAGCGCUCGUUCUGCAGCGUGAUGGUGGAGGAGCUCAGGGUGUCUCUGAAAUGCCAGCGGCGGCGGAAACAGAAACCCCAGCCGCCCGCCAUCGUCAAAACAGAGGAGGUGAUUAACAUGCAUACCUUUAACGACAGGAGGCUCCCGGGGAAAGAGACCAUGGCGUGACGCCUCUCCUGUGACUCUCGUCCAAAUGACGGACACAAAGAUGUUUCCUGUGGAAAUCCGGAUUCGUGAGCGAUUCUGAACUACAUCCCUCACAGAGCAGUACUCCAUUACUUCUGCUCUCAUUUCACGUUGCUUUUCUCUGUUUUCUCUGUGAAAAUAGGUCAAUGUUUCGAACCCAUCCGUUUUCCUCAUAUGCCUCCUUUAUUGCUGCCUUCAAGAGCAUUGCUCAUUAUCUCCAUAUUCUUCAAUAAAGAGUCAUGAACCAAACCAGCCCGCUCCACAUGAAUCACAACACUGCAAACUCUGAUUUGAAAAUGCAUUUGUAAUUGGGGGAAUUUUUUUUUUACUAGAUGUAACUUUUUUUUUGAUGAUUGAGCUAUUCAUCCCAUCACAUUUUCUCAAUACACUAUAAAACUAAUUCCAUUUAUUUAUAAGAAGUUAUGUCUCGGUUUACAAUUUCUGAACAUUCUGGGAAUGUUAGUGUUGGCAUGUUAGUCAUGGCAACCUGUCAAAAUAAAAGUUUGGUUUAACUUGAAGAAAUUGUGACAGAAAUAUAGGCCUAUUACUGUUGUGCAGAAGAAUGCACUUAUGUAUUACUACUACUCCUACUUAUAAAGUUAUUAAAACUUUAAAAUAAGUUUUUUAAUUAUUAUUUAUAUUUUUUUUAAAGAAUAAUCACACAAUAUUUAUUCCGUGUUUUAAUUUUAAUAGUAAACCCUGUUUGUUAUUCCCCCAAAAAAGAAAGAGUUUGUUUAACUUUCAAAUGAUUAAAAGUUUAAUUAAAUUAAUGAUUUAUGUCUUCAUUUGAUAAUCAGAAAAAUUUAAAUACACAACACAGAAUUUCUGGGGGAAAAAAACCUUCACGUGGCUAAUGUAAAAAUAAAUGUUAAUUUAUUAGUUUUUUUAUGCAUUCAAAUAAUUAAUCAUGCUUAAACAGAAUUUGGUAACAAUAAAACAGAAUGCAAAAAAAAAAAAACUUUCUAAAAAUUAAAUUUUUGUUAAUACUUGUGUUAAAUUUCAUGUUUGCAAUUGCAGUUUCUUUAUUCUUUAUUAAUUAUGUAUGCUUUCUGACUAAUACAAUUUUCAACCAUUAAAAAGGAUUGCAUAAAUAUUUAAAUGAAAAAAAAAAAAAGGUUCCCAGAAUGUUCGUUUCUGGAUAUAAAAAUUAAAAAUAACUUUAGAGAACGUUCUGUUAAAGUUCCAACUAAAUCCUUCGUGUUCUGAGAACAUUUCUUACACAAAAUAGUAUCUUAAAGGGGCUGUUCACACAGAACACAUCUAUGCGUCACUCAGAAUUGUUUUUGUUUUUUUAUUCGCAGCAUAGAACACCUCUGCCAUGUUGUCAUGAAAUAAAACAGUUGCCAUGCCAACUUGCUACUUUAAACAAAAGCUUGCUCCGCCUCCGGGGUCUUCUGAUUGGUCCACUGUUUUGGAACUGACAUUAACUUGAAACGGCAUCUUAAAAAUGUGGCGCUCAUGUGUGAGAUGCUGCAAAAGAUGGAACAGUGAAAACAAUGAAAAAGUAGCAUAUUGGAAUGGAAAAAUACGUUCUGUUUCAGUUCAUAAUGUUUACUUAAUGUUACUCUGAACAUUCAAAAGUAACAAACAAAGUUUAAAAAUGAUGAAAGGUUCCCUUAAUGUUCAUACAACCAAGAAGAAGCAUUUUU